UGAAAUUCUAGCAGUAAGAGAAAAGCUGAGAGCCCAUGAGGAGAACAGGAGGAGAACACUGCAUCUACCAAGAUAGGAUCCCUCUAUCAGUGAGGGUGCAGGUGGCGGAUCUUAAAAUUCAGCAUUUUUAUGUGGAUUUCAGUUCCAUAGAUUACUUUUUUUUUUUAGAUUAUACUCCCUGGGAUGCCCACACCUACCUUUUAUAGAGACAGCUAGACAAGGAGAUCGUCCAUCUGUCUAAACUCUCAGAGCUGGGAUUACAACAUGAUUUGCUGCAGGUGGAGGCUCCAUUUCCUUUAAUUAUCUUUCCCCAGAGAAAGAAAGUAUAAACAACGCCUAAAUGAUUGAACAGAACCCAUCAAUUGUCGGCUGAAAUAAUGAAAAGGAGAUUGCAAGGGUAGGACUUGAUCUGGAUAUUUUCUUGAAUUGCACGUGUGCGAGUGCAGUGUGGGCUGUCCAGGUGCAACCCAACAGGGCUAAUAUUUUAGCUGCAGAGCUCUGAUGUGUUAAAAAGAAUAACAAUAAAAAGUGAGAUCAUAGAUUUCAGUUACUUCUCCCCAAAAUUCAUUUUUUUUAAUCUAAAAUCUCAGAAGAUUGUACAGCCUGUGUAUGGAUCGUAAGACAUAUAGUGGUUUCACUAUGCUACAUUGAUGAGAAUCCCUUUCAGCACCCUGGACCUAAACAGCCACUGAAGCUGACAAUCUGGAGGCAGAUGUUGAGAAUAUUUCCUCAUUUGUUUGGGAGAUGCAUUUACUGAAUGAAGACGACUAAAUGGGAACAGAUGCAUAAGUCCUGAUUAUAUCAUAAAGAAAAAGAGAAGGGACAUAGAAGAACAUAGCAUAUAAUGAAUAAAAGAUAUUUGCAGAAGGCAACAAAAGGAACAUUUCUUAUAAUAAUAUUUAUUGUUACUCUCUGGGGGAAGUUGGCAGUUGGAGCAAUUCAUCAUAAAGCACAGCAUGUUAGAACUGGAACCUGUGAAGUUGUGGCUCUCCACAGAUGUUGUAAUAAGAACAAGAUAGAAGAAAGGUCUCAGACAGUCAAGUGCUCAUGUUUUCCAGGGCAGGUGGCUGGGACUACAAGAGCUAUUCCCUCUUGCGUUGAUGCAUCAAUAGUGGAGCAGAAAUGGUGGUGUCAGAUGCAGCCAUGUCUUGAAGGAGAAGAAUGUAAAGUAUUGCCAGAUCAAAAAGGAUGGAGUUGUGCCUCGGGAAACAAAGUGAAAACAACAAAAGUAACACGAUAACUCUGAAGAAAAGGUGAAACCCAAGAAAGUGAUGCACAAUUAUGGAAAAUGAAAACAAAGGCAACCCUUGGACACUUUAUAGUGCAAGAAGUUCUUUGUAAAUAGACAAUUGGAGUGGGCUACAAUAUUUGUAGCACAACUGCCAUUAAAUCAAUUCCAAAAUAAAAUACUCUUCUGACUGCAUGUCUAGCUCAGUACAAAAGCAAGAAAUGAGGUGGUCAUCAACUCCGCUUAAUUCCAAAAAAUCAAAA